AUGAGGGAGGAGAUGGACACCAGCCCCAUGGUGUCGUCUCUCCUCAGCAGCCUGGCCAACUACUCCAACCUGCCCCAAGGUAGCAAGGAGCACGAGGAGGCCGAGAACAACGAGGCGGAGUCAUCGCGCAAGAAACCCGUCAAGGCCCCCCAGCUCGGCACUCUGAUGGGCGUGUACCUGCCGUGCAUCCAGAACAUCUUCGGAGUCAUCCUCUUCCUCAGGAUGACCUGGUUGGUGGGAAUCGGAGGCGUGGUCGGGUGCUUCAUCAUCGUUUUCAUUUGCUGUUCCACCACCAUGCUGACUGCCAUCUCGAUGAGUGCCAUCGCUACCAAUGGAGUAGUGCCAGCCGGAGGCGCCUACUACAUGAUAUCCCGGUCCUUGGGCCCUGAGUUUGGGGGUGCGGUGGGGAUCUGUUUCUAUCUGGGGACAACCUUCGCCGGAGCCAUGUACAUCCUGGGGGCCAUCGAGCUCCUCCUGAUCUACAUAGCACCCAAAGCAGCCAUCUUUCCCCUGGAGGGUCUGGAGGGGUCCGAGGCGGAGGCCGCCCUGCUGAACAACAUGCGGGUGUACGGCACCAUCCUGCUCUUCUUCAUGGCCACGGUGGUGUUUGUCGGAGUGAAGUACGUCAACAAGCUGGCCCUGGUCUUCCUGGCCUGCGUCAUCCUCUCCAUCCUGGCCGUGUACGCCGGGGUCAUCAAUACUGGAUGGGAUCCUCCAGAAUUCCCUGUGUGUCUCCUGGGCAACCGCACCUUGGUGUCGAAGAACUUCGACGUGUGUGCUAAGACCAUCGAGUCAGCCAACGGGACGGUCACCACCCAGCUGUGGCGCAUGUUCUGUGACUCACCGCUCCUCAACGCGACCUGCGACAAGUACUUCGUAGCCAACAAUAUAUCUCAGGUCCAGGGCAUCCCAGGGGUAACCAGCGGGGUCCUGGCAGAGAACAUGUUUGGGACUUACUAUGAGAAGGGGGACCUGAUUGCCAGGAAAAACAUGGAGUCAGUAGAGGACCAGGACGACCCUCUGACCAACUCAAACCGCUAUGUGCUGGCCGACAUCGGCAGCUUCUUCACGCUGCUCGUCGGCAUCUACUUCCCGUCUGUGACAGGGAUCAUGGCCGGCUCCAACCGCUCCGGAGACCUGCGUGAUGCUCAGAAGUCCAUCCCCAUUGGAACCAUUGCAGCCAUCACCACCACCUCCUUUGUCUACAUGACCAGUGUGGUUCUGUUCGGUGCCUGCAUCGAGGGAGUCGUCCUCAGGGACAAGUUUGGAGAAGGAGUCCACGGGAAUUUGGUCAUUGGCACAUUGGCUUGGCCGUCACCAUGGGUGAUCGUUAUUGGCUCCUUCUUCUCCACCUGUGGGGCGGGGCUUCAGAGUCUGACGGGGGCCCCUCGUCUCAUGCAGGCCAUCGCCAAGGACGGCAUCGUGCCCGCCCUCCGGAUCUUUGGCCAUGCAAAGGCUAACGGAGAGCCCACAUGGUCUCUCCUGCUGACCGUUUGUAUCUGCGAGAUCGGCAUCCUCAUCGCCUCUCUGGAUGCUGUGGCUCCCAUCCUCUCCAUGUUUUUCCUGAUGUGCUACAUGUUUGUGAACUUGGCCUGCGCUUUGCAGACGUUGCUAAGGACUCCAAACUGGAGACCGCGCUUCAAGUUCUACCACUGGGCUCUGUCCUUCCUCGGGAUGAGCUUGUGUCUCACGCUCAUGUUCAUCUGCUCCUGGUACUACGCAAUCAUCGCCAUGUUAAUUGCCGGCUCCAUCUACAAGUAUAUCGAGUUUGCAGGUGCGGAGAAGGAGUGGGGUGACGGGAUACGAGGUCUGUCUCUGAGCGCCGCACGCUACGCUCUCAUGCGUCUGGAGGAAGGUCAACCGCACACCAAGAACUGGAGGCCCCAGCUGCUGACGCUGGUUAGUACAGACUCGGAGCAAAACAUCGAGCAGCCUCGUCUGCUCUCUCUCACCAACCAGCUGAAGGCAGGCAAAGGUCUGACCAUCGUCGGGACGGCUCUAGUGGGAUCCUACUUGGAGAACCAGGAGCAGACCCAGCGUGCAGAGCAGGCGCUUCGUAAACUGAUGGAGACCGAGAAGGUGAAGGGCUUCUGUCAAGUGACCGUGUCCUCCAACCUGCGCGAUGCCACCUCCCACCUCCUCCAGGCCAGUGGGCUGGGGGGCCUGAAACACAACGCUGUGCUGGUGUCCUGGCCCCGCAACUGGAGGCAGGGAGAUGAGCACCAGACCUGGAGGAACUUUGUUGAGUUGGUCAGAGAAACCACCGCGGCUAGCCUGGCUAUGCUCGUCCCGAAGAACAUCGCGGCCUUCCCAUCCAAUGGAGAGCGCUUCACCGAGGGCCACAUCGAUGUUUGGUGGAUCGUCCAUGAUGGAGGCAUGCUCAUGCUGCUGCCCUUCCUUCUCAAACAGCACAAGGUCUGGAGGAAGUGCAAGAUACGCAUCUUUACCGUGGCCCAGUUGGACGACAACAGCAUCCAGAUGAAGAAAGACCUGACCACCUUCCUCUAUCAUCUCCGUAUCGAAGCCCUGGUGGAAGUAGUAGAAAUGCAUGACAGCGACAUCUCAGCCUACACUUACGAGAAGACCCUGGUGAUGGAACAACGAUCGCAGAUGCUUAAACAGAUCAACCUGAGCAAGAAUGAGCGUGAGAGAGAGAUCCAGAGUAUCACUGAUUCAUCCCGCGGGUCAAUCCGCCGUAAGAACCCGGCCGCCGUGACAACCCAGCUGAGUGUGACCGAGGAGCCGGCCGCAGACAGCAAGGAGGAGAAACCCGAGGAAGAGGUAGAGCAUUGCUGA